GGAAUCGCGUGCCGGAACUGCUUAAUAAACGUGGCCGAAAGUGUUGUGAAGAUUUCUCACUUCGGUAAAUCCAAACAAGCAGAGAAGUACGAGAUUCCAAAGGAUGAGAAGCUUUCACUUCAAUGGCAGGCUCCAGAAGUGAUUUUAACCAGGAUCUUCACGGCAAAAUGCGAUGUAUAUUCGUAUGGUGUACUUGUCUGGGAAAUAUUCAAUAACGCUGAACCGCCGUUUGAUGGUAUCGAUGAAGAGAAGUUGAAAGCUAAGAUAAGUGAUCCGAGCUUCCGUCCUCGGUUAGAUCCUGAACUUCCCCUCAUUGCGCGCAAAGUAAUGAUGACGUGUUGGCAAGCAGAUCCAGGGAAAAGGCCUGUGAUGACAGAAGUGACGCUUUUCCUUCUGCAGGCUCCACCUGAAAUG